AGUGCCGAUAUGGUGAGCGCGAACGGGAACGGCGGGGUGAACGGGAACGACGGGGUGAACGAGAGCGACGGGGUGAACGGGAACGACGGGGUGAACGGGAACGUCGGGGUGAACGAGAACGUCGGGGUGAACGAGAACGACGAGGUGAUCGAGAACGGCGGGAAGAACGAGAGCGAGAACGACGAUAUGGAGAGUAG